GCGCAUGCUCCUUGCGCAGUGGCCGCCAUGUUGGACCAGGAGUGGGCUCGGGCUGCUAUUUUCUGACGCCGUAUGUUUUUUUUUUCGCCUUCUGACUAUUAUCCGCCUUCGCACAUAACAUCGUCGGUGUCCGUCAACCGCCCGCGUCGUCAGGCGCCCUGAGCGGCACUUGGCCAUGAUGAACGCCAGCGUCGACCUGUCCCGUCGCAAUCCGCAGGAGGAUUUCGAGCUGAUCCAGAGGAUAGGAAGCGGCACCUACGGCGAUGUGUACAAGGCUCGUAAUGUAAACACGGGAGAGCUGGCAGCUAUCAAAGUCAUCAAACUGGAGCCAGGAGAAGACUUUGCUGUUGUCCAGCAGGAGAUCCUGAUGAUGAAGGAUUGUAAGCACUCCAACAUCGUGGCCUACUUUGGCAGCUAUCUCCGACGUGACAAGUUAUGGAUCAGCAUGGAGUACUGCGGGGGAGGUUCUCUCCAAGACAUCUAUCAUGUAACUGGGCCUUUGUUAGAGUCUCAAAUAGCCUACAUGUCACGGGAGACCCUGCAGGGUUUAUACUACCUUCACAAUAAAGGCAAAAUGCACAGAGACAUCAAGGGUGCCAACAUCCUUUUGACAGACAACGGUUAUGUCAAACUAGCCGACUUUGGUGUAUCAGCACAGAUCACUGCAACUCUGGCCAAGAGGAAGUCAUUCAUUGGAACACCUUACUGGAUGGCUCCAGAGGUGGCGGCAGUGGAGAGGAAAGGAGGUUACAACCAGCUGUGUGAUAUCUGGGCCGUGGGCAUUACCGCAAUAGAGCUGGCCGAGUUGCAGCCGCCCAUGUUUGAGCUGCAUCCCAUGAGAGCUCUUUUUUUAAUGACUAAGAGUAAUUUCCAGCCACCCAAGUUGAAAGACAAGGUCAAGUGGACAGACAACUUUCACCAUUUUGUAAAAGUAGCCCUGACCAAGAACCCAAAGAAGAGGCCAACAGCAGAGAAACUACUACAGCACCCGUUCGUGUCUCAGCCUUUGAGCAGGACGCUGGCUAAAGAGCUGCUGGACCGAGCCAAAAACCCCGACCACAACAACUACAACGACUUUGACGACGACGACCCCGAACCGGAGUCUCCAGUGUCCGUCCCUCACCGGAUUCGCUCCACCAGCAGAAGCACCCGAGAAGGAAAGACGCUUUCUGAGAUUAACUUCGGUCAGGUGAAAUUUGACCCUCCAUUGCGGAAGGAAACGGAACCUCAUCAUGAACCGUGUGAUUCUGAGCCCUAUCUGGACUGUGUUGAGGAGCUCUACUAUACCGCGAGAUCUAAUCUGGAUUUGCAGUUGGAUUACAGCCACGAUUCGAGUCUGCUUGGAGGAAACAAGAGUCUUCUCAAAUCGGUGGAGGAGGAGCUGCAACAGAGGGGCCAUGUGGCACACUUAGGGGAGGAUGAGGAUGAUGAUGGUGCAGAUGAUGAAACUCACACUCAUAAGAUGAACACUAUCCUGAGGCCAAAGGUCCCGCCCCCGCUUCCGCCCAAGCCCAAGUCCAUCAGCUCGCCGCAGCCCAAACAGGACGACGGCCAAUCGCACAGCGAGGACGACGGCGGUGGCGGCAACAGCGGCACCGUCAAGCGCUGUCCGGCCCCUCAGACGGCCAGCCCCGCCAAGCCCGCCUCCAAUGUGCCCCCGCGACCGCCGCCCCCGAGGCUGCCGCCGCACCGUCGCAGCAGCCUAGGUAACGAGACCGCGAGCGAGCGCUCGGACGGCGACACGUGCGCCCCGGAGGACGAUGGGAGCUUUAGGCAUUUCUGGGAGUGGCUCCACACGCCUCACACAGAGGAGGAGCUGGAGGAGGCGUGGGAGGUGCUGAAGGAGGUGAAAGAGGAGCAGGAAAAAGAGGAUGAGGAAGAGAGAAACGGGUUAAACUCCUCACACAAUGGUGAGCGCAACAGUCCUGCUGACAGACAACAGUCAACUAUGCCCCCUAGCGUUCCCAUACGGAAGGACAAGAAAGACGUUCCGAUGCCAAGUAGCAACGGGCUCCCGCCUACACCCAAAGUUCAUAUGGGUGCGUGUUUCUCCAAGGUGUUCAACGGCUGCCCUUUAAAGAUCCAUUGUGCCACUUCUUGGAUCAACCCAGAUACCAGAGAUCAAUAUUUAAUAUUUGGCGCCGAAGAAGGAAUUUACACGCUGAACCUUAAUGAGCUUCAUGAGACCACAAUGGAACAGCUCUUCCCCCGCCGGUGCACGUGGUUGUACGUCAUGAACAAUAAUCUUCUGUCAGUGUCUGGAAAAGCCUCCCAGCUGUACUCGCACGGCCUGCCGGGGCUUUUCGACCAGGCCCGACAGCUGCAGAAGUUGCCAGUAGCCAUUCCCACACACAAGCUGCCUGAUAAAAUGAUACCAAGGAAGUUUGCAGUUUCCACCAAAAUUCCAGACACUAAAGGGUGCCAAAAAUGCUGCGUAGUGCGCAACCCAUACACAGGCCACAAGUACCUCUGCGGGGCCUUUCAGUCCCAUGUAAUGCUGCUGGAGUGGGUGGAAUCCAUGCAGAAGUUCAUGCUAAUCAAGACCAUCGACUUCCCUCUGCCGUGCCCGCUCGAGGUGUUUGAGAUGUUGGUGGUCCCGGAGCAGACCUACCCUCUCAUCUGCGUGGCGGUCAGUAAAGGGAGCGAGCUCAACCAGGUGGUCCGCUUCGGCACCGUCAACCCUAAUCCCAACGCUACCUCCUCCUGGUUCACAGAGACAGACACGCCUCAAACGUGUGUGAUUCACGUCACGCAGCUGGAGAGGGACACCAUCCUCGUCUGUCUCGACCGGUGUAUCAAGAUCGUCAAUCUCCAGGGCAGGCUGAAAUCCAGCAGGAAGUUGUCUGCCGAGCUCACCUUCAAUUUCCAAAUUGAGUCCACAGUUUGUCUCCAAGAUAGCGUGCUGGCCUUCUGGAGGCACGGCAUGCAGGGGCGGAGUUUCAAGACCAACGAGAUCACGCAGGAGAUUUCAGACAGUACGCGCAUCUUCAGACUACUGGGAUCAGACAGACAAAGUGACCAUGACGGAGGCGUCACUCUACCCAGGGUGGUGGUGCUAGAGAGCCGACCGACCGACAACCCGACAGCCCACAGCAACCUCUACAUCCUGGCGGGUCACGAAAACAGCUACUGACACGCACAUGCUGACACCCCGCAUUGAGACCCUAGCAACUAGCAAAGGGGAACGCGGCACCCCCCCUUUCACAAUGUCGUCGAGGCGCCGCGGCGCGUUGGAGGGCAGAUGACGACGUAAACUCGAGAUGCCCUCCCAUGAGGUCGGACCUUCACGCCACUCGUACUACUUAGUCGUACACGUUGUGCUACUACUGCGGCCAUCUUGCACAGAAACCCCCUUAUCCUAACCUCCCCUCUCACUUUUAUUUAUUGUGGCAUGACGUUAACCCGCCAGCAGGAUGACGACUCCUGUCGAAAAGAAAACCGGAAAACCAGGAGAAGGCUUUCGGCCCGCUCCGCUUAGCAACAACGGCCACAUAAGUGCUUAACUGAUGUCUAUUUAAUUGAUGUACAUAUAAAUGUAGUAUUUUUGGACAGAUAUCGACACUAAAACUGCUCGUGCGUAGUUAGACGUGUGCGUAGUUGCUCGGCACAAACGAAACAAACCAUACGGACGACGGGAAGUAGGCCGCUUACUUCCUGUUUCCCUGAUUAUGUGACAAGGAUGCAGACACUUGCCGAACGUCUCUUCGGGUGGACCUUUUUCAAAAUGCAGACAAUACGACGACUCGUUUAUUCUGCACUUUUUUGUUGUCAUUUUUACGCAGUUCUGAUCAUAAGGCUUCUUUUUAUGUGUUUAUUCGAACCACUGGUGUUAAACAUUUGCACAGAGAAAAUGGUUUUGUGAAAGAAAUGUGAUGUCAUUAAGGCCACGUUCAGACUGAAGCCAUAUCUGAUUCCUGACAGGCGACAGUUAAAACCCAUCCGAGCUGUUCAGACUGUCCAUAUCUGAUAUGAAACUAGUUCCUGUAUGUGGUUUCAGAUCAGAUUUCUGUGCUUUAUGACUGUUCAGACUACAAAAGAGACAUCCAGUUUCCAACUUGGAUAUGCUAAAAAUCAGAUUUUGGCUGCAGGAAUAUCUGAUUCUAAUUAGAUUUCUCCUUAAAUCUGAUUUUUAGGGCUGUCUGUUUACACAAUUACACAAUUUUUUAGCAAGUGUCCAAAUCCGAUCUGGGCCUGUUCAGACUGGGUCAUAUUAUUGACAAAUCUGACAGGUUGUUAUAGAAACAAAGGCAUCAUCCAGCGUAGCGUGAUGUGACACAGUUAAAACCUAUCUGAGCCGUUCAGACUGUGUCCAUAUCGGAUCUGAAACCACAUAUGGGAGCUAGUUUCAGAUCAGAUGCCUGUGUUUUGUGACUGUUCAGACUCCAAAAGAGCCAUCCAGUUUAGAUCUGGAUUGGCUAAAAAUCUGAUUUUGGCUACAGGAUUAUCUGAUUCUAAUCAGAUUUCUCCUUAAAUCUGAUUUUUAGAGGUGACUAAACUAUAUUUAGCAAGUGUCUGAAUCCGAUCUGGGUCUGUUCACACUGGGCCAAAUUAUUGACACAUCUGACAGGUUGUUAUAGAAACAAAGGCACCAUCCAGCAUAGAGUGACGUGACAGACAGGUAAAACCUAUCUGAGCUGUUCAGACUGUGUCCAUAUCGGAUCUGAAACCACAUAUGGGAGCUAGUUUCAGAUCAGAUGCCUGUGUUUUGUGACUAUUUAGACUACAAAAGAGCCAUCCGGUUUAGAUCUGGAUAGGAUAAAAGUCAGAUUUUGGCUGCAGGAUUAUCUGAUUCUAAUCGGAUUUCUCCUUAAAUCUGAUUUUUAGGGCUGUCUGUUUACACUAUUUUUAGCAAGUGUCUGAAUCCGAUCUGGGCCUGUUCAGACUGGGCCACAUUAUUGACACAUCUGACAGGUUAUUAUGGAAAGAAAGCAUCAGCCAGCGUAGAGUGACGUGACAGACGGUCAAAACCCAUCAGAGCUGUUCAGACUGUGUCCAUAUCUGAUCUGAAACUAGCUCCCGUAUGUGGUUUCCGGAUCGGAUUUCUGUGCUUUAUAACUGUUCAGACUACAAAAGAGCCACCCAGUUUCAAUCUGGAUUGGCUAAAAAUCUGAUUUUGGGCUGACUGUCCACACUAUUUUUACCAAGUGUCCAAAUCAGACCACAGACUCCCACAUUAUUGACAGGUUGCCAUGGUAACAAAGGUGUCAUCCAGCACAGAGUGACAUGAUGGACAGUCGAAAUCCAUCUGAGCUGUUUAAACUGUGUCCAUAUCUGAUAUGAAACUAGAUCCCGUAUGUGGUUUCCAGAUCAGAUUUCUGUGCUUUAUGACUGUUCAGAUUACAAAAGAGCCAUCCAGUUUCAAUCUGGAUGGGUUUAGUAAUCCAGAUUUUGGCUGCAGGCAUAUGAUUCUAAUCGGAUUCCUCCUUAAAUCUGAUUUUUAGGGCUGACUGUUCACACUAUUUUUAGCAAGUGUCCGAAUCCCAUCUGGGCCUGUUCAUACUGGGCCACAUUAUUGACAUAUCUGACCGGUUGCCAUGGAAACAAAGGCGUCAUCCAGCAUAGAGAGACGUGACGGUCAGUCAAAACCCAUCUGAGCUGUUCAGACUGUGGCCAAACCACAUACGGGGGCUAGUUAAGAUCAGAUGUCUGUGCGUUGUGACUGUUCAGACUACAAAAGAGCAAUCUGGUUUCAAUCUUGAUAGGCUAAAAAUCAGAUUUUGGCUGCAGGCAUAUCUCAUUCUAAUCCGAUUCCUCCUUAAAUCAGAUUUUUAGAGCUGACUGUUCACACUAUUUUUAGCAAAUGUCUGAAUCCAAUCUGGGCCUGUUCAGACUGGGCCACAUUAUUGACACAUCUGACAGGUUGCCAUGGAAACAAAGGCAUCAUCCAGCGUACAGUGAGACACGCCUAUAUCUGAUAAGAAACUAGCUCCCGAAUGUGGUUUCAGAUCAGAUUUCUGUGCUUUGUAACAGUUCAGAAUACAAAAGAGCCAUCCAGUUUCAAUCUGGAUAGGCUAAAAAUCAGUUUGGCUGCCAGUCUGAAGAAGGCCUUACGUGUGCGUAUGCGUUUUCAAUGUGUUUAUACACAUUUUGUCCUUAAUAAGCAACACAAAUGUCAGAGGCUUUUAUUUUUCAGUAAAUAAGGACUGAAAUUAUUUUUUACAGUUGACUUAUUCCAUAAGAAGUUCAUAAAUUUAACAACCAUUUUGCCAUAAGCUAAUGGUCCCGUUUGCAUAUGAUGCCCUUCAAUAGUCACGAAAAAAACUGUCCUCAUUUGAAUGUAACUGCAACCAAACAAUCCUCAAUUGGUGUUUUGUUCAGUUCUCAAUUUUGAAUCCAAAACAAAUGAACCAGAAACAUUGGGCGGUAGCAUAAUUUGAUUCAUGUUAUGAAACGUCAAUUGAUCAUUCAUAUGAAACUUAAGACUGUAAGGUUGUCUUUGCUCGGAUAGCGUGAUGUUAUCAAAACACGGAACCACUGGGAAUUAAAGUGAAAUACGAUUUUUUUUUUUUUUUAUGAUUUUAUAAGUACAAACGGGCCAUUUAUAUUGUCGACCCCUGUUUAAGGAAGUAAAUGUGCGAAAACUUUUUCAUUGACUGCCAUUGACGUCCCAUCCAGUUAAAUGAAUUGGAAAUCUAGUUUUUAAGAGCCACAUGAUUGGACGUUUAUCAUCAACAUCAAUGAGAAAAGUAAACAGAACUCACCUUUAGUUAAAUGGAAAUUCCACCCAAGGAUGAGUCCAAGCAAUUUUCACUCGCCAUUUUCUUCCAUUCCUAAUGAUAAAAACUCAAUAUUUCCCAAAACAGAACAAAGACUCUACAAAUUUCAACAGUUUAUUGAAAAAAAAAAAAAAAAUCAAAUUCCAGACCCAUUUACAUAAAUUUCAAGAUGCAGAAAGAUCCACAUAAUGUGAACGCCAACCAGUGUCAAUCCAAAUUAAAUCACCCUCAUGAUGUGAUUUGUAACGUCGCAUGAAUGAGACAUUCCACUGUUUUGCAUUCAUCUCCACCCUGGAUAUUUAACAUUGACUGUUAUUAAGGGCGAUAGAUGUCCAAUCCAUUUUGACUGGGACGAGGCGACCUCCCAUUCAAAAUGGAUCGGACGUCUAUCGCCGUCAAUGGCAACGACUCAAUGUGAACACUGACACAAACACACUAAAAAGUCUGACUCACUUAUGUUUUCUGGCUUUUAUUUUCUCACACGUUUUUGUUAUUUUCACGAUGCAAUGCGCACGUUAUGACAUGCUGUAUAUAGUGUAAAAUAAAAUUGGGUUUGUUUUACAUACUGUACAAUUGCCUAUAUUUUGUUUCGACAAGUGUAACAGGAUUUAUGAGGAUGAAUGGUUAACACAUUAAAAAAAAAAACAAA